AUGGUUGGCCAAUCGUAUAAUUGUGUGUUUUCUAUUUUCAUUCUAAUUCUCUGUAUAUCGACAAAUGUAUUGGGAAAUACUUGUAGCUAUCUUCAAAAAACAUGUAGUGGCUAUGGUUAUGUUUGGUGUUGUGAAUACUAUGAACCGUGUGGGAAUUACUUCAUACAAUGCAAUUCUUAUCAAACAACAACAAAACGUGUUAUACCUUCGCCAUCCAAUAUACCAUCGCCAAUUACCAUUAUCAUAGCCAUUGUUUCAGUGAUUUUGUUCAGCUUAUGUAUGUGCUGUUGCGCUUGUUUACAUAAGAAAAUGCAAGGCUCACAUUCUUCUGCUGUAACUCCGAGUAAUCAAAGUAGAAUACAUCAAAACCAACAACAGCUACGACAGUCUGUUCAUGACAGAUCCAUCUACACAAGAAAUACGGUACCACCAUCUUCAGGAAUUUUCACUGUAUACGAAGAUGAACCACCAUCAUAUGAAGUUGCGAUUGCUGAUCUUUCAUCCAAAGAUCAAUUGUCAUCACCACCACUGUCGGGUACAAUAUCAAGCAUUGAACUUGAUGAUACACAUCUUUGA